CCUGUGCGCGUUGAGCCGUGUGGCGGCGCGCGGGCUCUCGGUGUCUCCGGCCGGACCGGGCCCAGCGCAGCCCCAGCCCCGUCACGGGCCCCGCCGCCCGCCCGCGACCCUGCCCGACCCCGCCCGGCCCCCGGCCCGCUCAAUGCCCACGGUGUUCUGUUGGAGGAUCCUUGGCACAUUUAUGGCGAUUCUGAGCGUCAGGGCAGAAUUCUGCCAGGCCCAGCACAGCACCCUGGCUGCCAAGUGAGCUCACAGGGGGCUCCCCAAAAACCUCUUUGUGCUGCCACAAUUUUCCCCAUUUUUUAUUUUAUUUUUUAUUUUUUUUUUUGGAUUAUUAUUUUUUCCCUCCCUUUUUCCAAAACUCCUGGAGCUGGCUCAGAUUUUUUUUUUUUUAUGGGAUUUUGGGAUUUUUCCUCCUCACCUCACCAGUGCCUCCAUGCAGUUCAGGCUGCCCUGGCAAUUUGGGGAGCCUGAAGGAAACCAGCUGAGGAUUUACACAAAAAUCUGAUUUUUUCUACCAACAAACCCAUCCAAGCAAGCUCUGAUCAAUCCUAUUUUUGAUUUUUUUUGAUGUUUUCUGCUGUGAAACCUUUCCAAGGUCAUUAAUUUUUUUUUUUUAAUUUUUCCCCUCUUUAUUUUGAUUUUUUUUAAUUUUUUUUGGGGAGGAUUUUCUUUUUAUUUUUAUUUUUUGGCCCCUUCAAACGAUUUUUUUUUGCCAUUAUGAACCGUCCAGCCCCAGUGGAAAUUACUUAUGAAAAUCUGCGUUUCCUGAUCACUCACAACCCAACCAAUGCAACCCUCAGCAAGUUCAUCGAGGAGCUGAAGAAAUACGGGGUGACAACUUUGGUGCGAGUUUGUGACGCCACUUAUGAUCAAGCUCCAAUCGAGAAAGAAGGAAUCCAAGUUCUAGACUGGCCGUUUGAUGACGGAGCGCCGCCCCCCAGCCAGAUCGUGGAGGAUUGGCUGAACCUUUUGAAAAGCAAAUUUCGGGAGGAGCCCGGGUGCUGCGUGGCCGUGCACUGUGUGGCCGGGCUGGGAAGGGCUCCCGUUCUGGUGGCGCUGGCUCUCAUUGAAUGUGGAAUGAAAUAUGAGGAUGCAGUUCAGUUUAUAAGGCAGAAAAGGAGGGGAGCUUUCAAUUCCAAACAGCUGCUUUACCUGGAGAAAUACCGGCCCAAGAUGAGAUUACGCUUCAAAGAUGCCAACGGUCACUGCUGUGUUCAAUAAAUAAACACAAAAACCAAAAUAUUGAUCUCAAAAAGAAGGCAAAAGUGAAUGGGGGGCUCUUCUCUGGACUCUUGGCACCUGGAAAUGUGAAUUUGGAAUCAAAAAAAACAAAAAAAUAAGAAAAAAAUGGCAUUAAAUUAGUGGUGGAGUCAGUGCUCCUCAACCUCUGUCCUUAAAAAUAAAAGGGUGAUGAUGAUUGAAAGGAAAAAAACCCAAAAUUAGAAAAUUCUAUAAUAAUAAUAAUAAUAAAAAAGCCAAUUAAGAGAAACAUUUCAGUGAAGGAUUGUUUUCUCCUUAAGCUGCAACCUGCAAGGAGAAAAGCAGUUUUUCUGAACCUUCUGUAUUUUUAACUUUUUAAGAAAAGAAAUAAAGUCAACUUUAUGUCUAAGGAAAA